AUGGGACAAAUGGCACUUGUUAUAUCAAGUAGAGCACCAAGUAACCUACCAAGGAACACGGAGACUAAUCCCGAGGAGAAAGUAAUGGCAAUACACAUUCUAGAGAAUAAAAUUACUGGGGAGCAUGCCAAGAAACUCCACAUUAAUGUCUCGCUCAUAGAUGCAAUCAGGAAAAUUCCAAACUAUGCAAAAUUCUUGAAAGACGUGAUAACAAAGAAGAAAAAGCUUUCGAAAUUCGAAACGGUGGCACUAACAGAGGAAAGUAGUGCAAGGCUUCUCAAAAAGCUGCCUCCAAAACUUAAGGAUCGAGGGAGUUUCACUUUACCCAUUUCAAUUGGAGAAGUUGGAUUUUUUAAUGCUUUGUGUGACACAGGUGCAAGUGUUAACCUAAUGCCUUUAUCUAUUUACAAGAAAUUGGGAUUAGGAGAAGCAAAGAAAACAAUGAUGUUAUUGCAGCUGGCCGAUAGAAACAUAAAGUUUCCAAGGGAUAAAGUGGAGGAUGUACUUAUAAAGAGUGGCAAAUUGGUAUUUUCGGCAGACUUCAUCAUUUUGGACAGAAAGGAAGACAAGAAUAUUUCGAUAAUCUUAGGGUGA